AUGGACACACACAAGAAUGCUGCUUGGGUGGUCAGGAAAAUCAUUGACAGCAGGAAAAAGGUGAUCCAACUGCAGAAUAUACAGGGUGAUCUUCAUCAAAAGUUGGGCCAAAUGCAGUCACAAGGGAAAUUCCAAAUCAAAAAAGCUUACUGCUUGCUACUCCCACAAUUACCAAGAGUGUCCUGGAAGACAAUUGUUUUGCAUAGGCAAAUACAUCCCAGAUUUGAAUUCAAUCUUUGGUUGGCUCCUCAGAAAAGACUCUUCGCUAUUGAUAGACUGCAAAAGAUAGGUAUUCAAGUACCCAUGGAGUGUGUGUUCUGUGACAGGGGUGUAGAAAUAUUUGAUCACUUGUUCUUUGAUUGUUCUGUUACUAGAGGACUAUGCGGCAGACUACUACAAUGGCUAGGACUUCACAUAACUCUUGGUACAUGGCAAGAAGAAAUACAUUGGAUUUGUAACAUGGCACAGAGAAGGAAUGGCGCGGCAUCUAUCAGUUGUAGUGUCUUUGGUAUGAUGGUGUAUUGCCUAUGGCAAUAG